CUUCUUUUCAAUUCUUUUGAUUUCUUUCUUUCUUUUUUUUUUUAUUAUUAUUAUUAUUGGAAAAAAAAAAGGAACAUGGUCUUGUUAAAAUAUAAAUUACCAUGUAUAUUAGCAGCAAUUACACUUGUCAAAGCUUCAAAUAUAAAAGGACUAGCUCCUGAAAAACAAGUUCUGUAUAAACCCUCAGAAGAAGGAACAUGGACUUGUCUUGAUGGUUCGAAAACAAUUCCUUAUUCUGCAAUUAAUGACGAUUAUUGUGAUUGUCCAGACGGUUCAGAUGAGCCUGGUACAUCAGCUUGCCCGAAUGGUUAUUUUUAUUGUCAAAACGUAGGACAUAUUCCAUCCUACAUCAAAUCUUCUUCUGUCAAUGAUGGUGUUUGUGACGAAGCUUGUUGUGAUGGCUCUGAUGAAAAUGGUGAUCUCAUUACUUGUCCUAACCGUUGUAAAGUAGUUGGUGAAGCUUAUCAAAAAGAACAAACAAGUCUUAAGGAAUCUGUUCAGGCAGGUCUUACUGCUAAAAAGAUCUUGAUUGAGGAAGCACAGAAUCAAAUCAGAUUGUGGGAGGAAGAACAAGUGAAACUUGAAGAUGAAUUAGUCUUGAAGAAAUCAGCUUUACUUCGACUUCAACAUAUUGCUACGUUAAAAAAUGAUGUAGUUAUUUUAAAGCGAGAGAUUCACGUAUUGAUGGAUAUUUUGAAAGAUAUGAAGCGAGAUCAUGAUCAUAAUUUCCAUGAUAUGGCUGUAAAGAGUGCUAUUAAGGGCCUUGAUGAUUUUGUUUCUCGUUUUACUAAAGUCGAGACUGAGAUUGAUGAAGAUCUCAAACAUAUUAAAGACACUAGUGAAGAAGAAGAAGGAGUAGAAGAGGAAGAAGAGGAGAAAGAAGAAGAAGAAUCUCAAUCCUCUACUGAAAAAAAUCUACAAAACGAUCAAGGUAAGCAUUCGGUAUUUGAUGUCAUUCUUGAGAAAUUAGAAUCAGUUCUUCCAACCGCUUUAAAAAAUGGCGUAUUGGAUAAACUGGUGUCUGACAAUAAGGAUACUGUCGUUGUUGAUCAUAAAACAGCGUUGGAAAAAACUCGUGAACAGAUUCGAACUAUUGAAGAUGAAAUUAAUCAGCUCGAUUCUGAUUUAAACAAGAUUACGGAUAACUUAGCUUUUGAUUACGGUCAAGACAAAGAAUGGUUAAAACUUAAAGAUGUUUGUAUUGAAAAGGAUGAAGGAGAGUACACUUACUCACUUUGCUUCCUCGGGGAUGCUUAUCAAAAGAGUAAUAAGGAUAGUACUCGUACACAUUUAGGUAAAUUUGAGAAGUUUGGUGAGAAAGAAGGUGUCGAUCGUUUCAAGACUCAUAUUCAUACCCAUGGUACACGUUGUUGGAAUGGACCUGAAAGAAGUGUGAAGGCAACUGUCGAAUGUGGCGUAAAGAAUGAGAUUGUUGAAGUAUCAGAACCCGAAAAAUGUGAAUACCAUUAUCGUUUAUUAUCACCUGCUGUUUGUCAAUCUAUUGCUGAAAUUGAACGUGAUCAAAAUACCAGUCAUAAACCAAUUCAUGAAGAACUUUAGAUAAAAAUAAAAAUCCAAAGAAAGAAACAUUUGAUUAUUGAAAAUGAGUGCUUAUGUAAUAUUUUUAAGUUACCUGUUAUAAUAUGUUGUAUAACUCAGCUUAAUAUUUUCUAAUGUCUGCAGACCUUAUUUUUAUAAAUAUCCAUCUUGGGUUAUUUUAGCUAACUUAUGCAAUUUAUUUGAUUGUCUAGCGCCGCCUGUACCCAUUCUUCUGAACAAAGCUAAAAAUAAAUUCAAAAAAAAAAUCAUGAUAUACAAAUUUAGUCAGCAUAAUAUUAAUCUAACAUUAUUUUAUUCCUUUCUUUUUUUUUAUUUU